ACCCUCGUCAGUUGCCGUGGGAGCACCAACGCGCAGGCGCGGGUGCGCAGCGUCUGUCUACCACAUUCUGGCCGUGCAGCUAGCUAGGCUAACAGGCUAACUCCGGUCUGCUGCUGUUGGACGGUUCAGCUUUCAGCGCGGUUUUAAAACCGGGAAUAAUAACAUUUAAUCCAGAUUACCGCGGGAACACAGUGAAGCUGCUGCCGACUGUGUGAGCAGAGGAGCGGCCCAACCUCCGACCCGCGGCUCGCUGUUAGCAGGUUAGCAUCUCCAGCUAGCCCGAGCUCCGGGAUCACAGCCAAACAAACAAACCCGGCUAACGCAGCUAGCCAGCUAACUGUUAGCCAGCUAACUGUUAGCCUCCGGAGGAAGAGAGAGAGAAACAACAUGGCGACAGAGGAGAAGAAACCAGAGACGGAAAACAUCAAACAGUCCUCAUCGUCAUCAGGGUCCAGCAGCAAGUCGAACCCAGCCAAACCAAACUACACGGUGAAGUUCACUCUGGCCGGACACACCAAGGCAGUUUCCUCCGUCAAGUUCAGUCCCAACGGAGAGUGGCUGGCCAGCUCCUCCGCCGACAAGCUGAUAAAGAUCUGGGGAGCGUACGAUGGAAAGUUUGAGAAGUCCAUCGUCGGCCACAAGCUGGGGAUCUCUGACGUCUCAUGGUCAUCGGACUCUAACCUGCUGGUUUCUGCUUCUGACGACAAAACUCUGAAGAUCUGGGACAACAGCUCUGGGAAGUGUCUGAAGACGUUGAAAGGUCACAGUAACUACGUUUUCUGCUGCAACUUCAACCCUCAGUCCAACCUGGUGGUGUCUGGCUCGUUUGAUGAGAGCGUUCGCAUCUGGGACGUGAAGACAGGGAAGUGUCUGAAGACGCUGCCAGCACACUCUGACCCUGUCUCUGCUGUUCACUUCAACAGAGACGGCUCUCUCAUCGUGUCCAGCAGCUACGACGGCCUCUGUCGUAUCUGGGACACAGCAUCGGGACAGUGUCUGAAGACUCUGAUUGAUGAUGACAAUCCUCCAGUGUCGUUUGUCAAGUUUUCUCCAAACGGAAAAUACAUCCUGGCAGCCACGCUGGACAACACGCUGAAACUGUGGGACUACAGCAAGGGCAAGUGUUUGAAGACUUACAACGGCCACAAGAACGAGAAGUACUGCGUCUUCGCCAACUUCUCUGUCACAGGAGGCAAGUGGAUCGUGUCCGGCUCUGAGGACAGCAUGGUCUACAUCUGGAACCUCCAGACCAAAGAGAUCGUCCAGAAACUACAAGGGCACACAGACGUGGUGAUCUCCACAGCUUGUCAUCCGACAGAGAACAUCAUCGCCUCAGCGGCUCUGGAGAACGACAAGACGAUCAAGCUGUGGAAGAGCGACUGUUAGACUGUGAGACAGUGAGACUGUUAGACUGUGAGACAGUGAGACAGUGAGACAGUGACGGAGCUGUGAGGCGUUCACGUCCGCUCGGAUGUGCAGUAAAUAUGAGCUGCCAGCUGGGUUGUUUUUUUGUGUUUCCCAGAGUCAUGACUUACAGAAAAGUGUUGAGCGCAGACAGACAGCGAGUAAGAAUCUAAAUGUUCACUUCCUUCAGAGCGCUGCAGCCUGACGUGAGCGCACACACACACACACACACACACACACACACACACACACAGUCCAGCUGCAGACUCUGAGAUGAAGCCCCUCACGUGCCAAAGGCAGAAAUAACUGAUAAAAAGCAAACGUGAUUUCUUUUCUUUCCAGCCGGCUGCAGAGUUACUUGGUUUAACGGGGCAGUAUCAUAUGACCACGGCCAGCAUGAAUAUUUGAAUCUGAUUGGCUGGUGUCUGUGUGUCAAAAUGUCCACACAUGUUGGGCAGCAUCAACAGAUCAGCCCUCUUUGUUAAGCUAACUGUUAGCCGUUAGCAUCCACAGCCAAAUGAUGGCUACUUGAAAAUAUUGUGAUCAUUUCCUGUUUUUAACGUCACUGUGUGUACAUAUGAGUCACACUGAACCCAGAUCAGCUGACUGAGCUGCCAGCCUCUGCUCUCUGCUCUGUUUCCUGUAUCAGUCAACAGUCAUUUGAAUAUUAAUGAUGAUACAUUUAUACACAUCUUGUUAAAUCAUAAAUGUGGAGAGCUUCAUUUCACAUUCUGUGGCUGGACGCUUCUCACCGAGGCUGAUGCUGUCAACAGUGUUUUCCACAUGGUCACCAUGGUAACAGGGACAACACAAACACCUGCACUCUGUGUGUGUGUGUGUGUGUGUGUGUGUGUGUGUGUGUGUGUGUGUGUGUGUGUGUGUGUGUCUGCUGUUCAUCGUGUUUGUGUACGGUGGCUGCCUCAUGUCCACAUGCUGCCAUCAAACGCUGACAGACCUCACCAGCUCACUGUCUGCAUGUUCAUGUGUUCAGACUGACCUCUGACCUCUGUCCCAAACUGAGGCCUGUGCCCUGCACCCCGUUCCCUGCGCCCUGCACCCUAUGCCCUGCACCCUACACCCUCUGCCCUGCACCCUGCACCCUAUGCCCUGCACC